UGUUAAUCGUGCACUGGCUGAAGACGAAAACAUUGAUACAAAAGUGUGUGCUAGCUCUGGGAGUUCCCGGGACUGGUUGGUUUGCGUUGGGCGGGAAGGGUCCUGCUCCGUUGUGCGAACUUCACCGCAGUGGAUCGCUGAUGACCUUGGGAGGCGCCUUAGAGCAACCGAAAGAGAGCUCGUCAACGCAGUGGAAGUCGCUGGAAGGAAGUUCUUCCGAAAGGAGCUAGUGAAAAAAGUUAACGCGAGGAAGCACACCGUGGUAUCGUCUGUCUCGGAUACACAAGGCUGCUCAGUUCCAUUAGCCUUUUUGGUUAAAGAGAGGCAAAUCAAGCGGAAACUGAGCCACCAUAUAUUGCUGCACCCAGUUGAGAAUGCACUCUAUCGCGAUGUCGAGCAGUGCAAAGCGCUUGGGCGUUCCUUCUGCUGGUGGGUAACGUUGAUGUCCAGACUCAAAGUCAUUCUACGAGGGAGGGGGUUUACUGUGAGCGAAGAAACCUUAAGUGGCGACGAACGGAAGAACAAGACAGUUGCUGACGACCCGAACCGCACAGAGUGCGAUAAACAGGGGAUUUUCCCAGAAUGUCCGUGUCUUGAUGCGCUUGUUUUGGACCAGAUGAAUCAUGUCGAGUCGACGGCAAAAGGUGUGGACUCGUUGCGAGUUGCUGCAGGUUUUCUUGAAGGAAAAGAUGAGGCCAGAAACUGGACGACAGGUGACGAAAAUGAAGUAACAGAUUUGAGGCUACUUAGGGAUCAUUUGUUGGACUCAAAGCUUGUAGACUGGGCGAAGCUGCGUAAAGACAGCACCAGUGAAAUGGAUGGAGCAAUUGCGCCGAGGCUGUUUACUGAUGAUAUGCUGUCACGCAUAGGUCGGGAUUCUAGGGUGCAGCGCCUACGACGUGGGCGAUCCCUGAAAAUGUUACUGUUAAAGGCAUUCGAGAAUUUUUAUCUCGCGACUCCAAGCGAGAAAAAUCGCAACAUUUAUGACUUGUCGCUGAGACAUGACGGUAUCGACACUUCGAAUACGAAUCAGGACACAGAUGAUAACUCUGAAAGCGAGGUUACGCGCCGCGACGGCGUUGCCACCGUCACCACAGCGGGGUAUCGCCCGAGAGAACCCUGCUACGGCCGUCCAGGUGAUGAAAGGCAAAAGAACGCAACGGUGACAGCCACCCAGCACUACCAGCACAUUGAUCUUAUUUACCAGUCCCCCACGCUGCUCAUUGCGAAUAAGCCUGCAGGGGUGAGUACGGAGCAGGUUAUCGCGUAUUUAGCCAAGAUUGCGGACUGUCGCAGCGUGAGUCGUCUCGACCGUGGUACUAGUGGCGUGCUGGUUACAGCAAUCGACACAUCGAGUUCAGAGUUUCUAAAGGAAGAAUUUCGUUCCAGAAGAGUUGAAAAGUCAUAUUUGUGUCUCGUGAAUGGCAGGGUUCCGAUGUCGGGAGAACAGACGAGGCUCGAUUACCGGUUGCAAACCACCGCUUCAGGUCGCACGCAUGUGAGCUACAAAGGCAAAGAGGCACAGACGAACUUCCUGUGUUUGGCGCACUAUUCUGGAUUAGCUGAUGGAAUGGAGAGUACACGCAGUAUAACUACGAAAGCAAAAGAAAAGGGAAACAAAAAGCUUCCUACUCGUGCAAGAAGUGUUGUUGAAACCGAAAAUCUGUCUAAAGAUUCUCCACCUGACAGUCUUGUUCUUGAGGAAAGAAGGAGGUCCCUCAGAAGUUCGAGUUCAAGAUCAUCGCGUCCUUCAAUGUCCUCAGAAAAGACGCGCACAUCGAGCUGCGGAGCUCUUUCGGAGAACGGCGUUUCUUCCUCCGAAGAAGAAGGUGGUCCUCUGUCCUCUCAGAGGCCAGCUGCAACUGCCCAGUCUAGUUACUAUUCGCUCAUGUUGUGCUUUCCAAAGACAGGUCGAACUCACCAGAUUCGUGUCCACAUGAAGACUGCCGGAUAUCCGCUCGUAGGUGACGCAAAGUAUGACCCCAUACGUGGACGCGCGAAGCGGUGUCUCAAUUCUUGGUGUCCUCGGUUAUUUCUCCACUGCUGGCGAAUGACGUUGCGUGAACCUGUCUCCGAUUCUGAGGUUUCUGCUGCUGCACCAGUCCCGAGUGAGUUGCGCAAAGUCAUACAGGUAUUGGACCGCGUGGCAGAGAACGAGGAUAUUUCGGAUACGAAUUGCUUGAAGGAGGUUUUUGAAGACAUCGACACAUGAGCCCCCUCCUGUCCCUCUUGCGAGACAUGAAAAAACUCGCAGCUAGCACUUCGUCAAGAAUUUUGUGUUUUGAACUUUUUUUUGUAUGCACCCAGAACGUCGCCAAUGAUUUCUGAAGUACUACAAUCAAAGCACCACUAGCACCUCCAAGAAACUAGCGUCAUAAAAAUUCAAAAUGACCAAACAUUGUGAUCGAAAUUUUUGAGGCCUUACAGGAGCCUUUCUUGUACCCGACAAAAAGCAUGGGCGAAACUCCGAUGGGCUCUUCCACUACACGGAACAAUCCUUGGUCCGUCUCCAGCCUCUUCAUGCACACGGGUUUUGUGG